GUCUCUCCCCGCCCUGCUCUCGGCGAGAGACUUGGGGUCCCCGGGACGGGCUCCGGCAGCCUCAGCGGGCGCCUUCGGCCCGUGGCCGCUGUCCAGGAGCCCCGCUCUCCCCUGCAGGGUUAAUUAUAUUGAUUGUUAACAUUCCUGGGAACUUCUGUGAAGGAUUUUUUCAGUUUUGCUCGAGAAAAAGCCCUGGAUCUAUCAAGUAACAUAAAGAAUUUCUUAGUGUGGGUUAUAUACAUAUAGAUGUUUUCAUGAAGAGGAGUGAAAAGCCAGAAGGAUAUAGACACAUGAGGCCUAAGACCUUUCCUGCCAGUAACUACACUGGCAACAGCCGGCAAAUGUUGCAAGAAAUUCGGGAAUCCCUUAGGAAUUUAUCUAAACCAUCCGAUGCAGCUAAGGCUGAGCAUAAUAUGAGUAAGAUGUCAACUGAAGAUCCUCGGCAAGUCAGAAAUCCACCCAAAUUUGGGACACAUCAUAAAGCUUUACUAGAAAUUCGAAACUCUCUGCUGCCAUUUGCAAAUGAAACAAGUUCUUCCUCCCGGAAUUCUUCAGAAAUUAAUCCACAGAUGUUUCAAGACUUGCAAGCUGCUGGAUUUGAUGAGGACAUGGUUGCACAAGCUCUUCAAAAAACUAACAACAGAAGUAUAGAAGCUGCAAUUGAGUUCAUUAGUAAAAUGAGUUACCAGGAUCCUCGUCGGGAACAGAUGGCAGCAGCGGCUGCCAGACCUAUUAAUGCCAGCUUGAAACCAGGGAGUGUGCAACAAUCGGUUAACCGCAAACAAAGCUGGAAAGGUUCUAAAGAGUCCUUAGUUCCUCAGAGACACGGCCCACCACUAGGGGAAAGUGUGGCUUAUCGUUCUGAAAGUCCCAACUCACAGACAGAUGUAGGAAGACCUUUAUCAGGAUCUGGUAUAACAGCCUUUGCUCAAGCCCACCCUAGCAAUGGACAGAGAGUCAACCCCCCGCCACCUCCUCAAGUAAGGAGUGUCACUCCUCCACCACCUCCAAGAGGCCAGACUCCUCCUCCAAGAGGUACAACGCCACCUCCUCCCUCAUGGGAACCAAACUCUCAAACAAAGCGCUAUUCUGGGAACGUGGAAUAUGUCAUCUCCCGAAUCUCUCCCGUUCCCCCUGGAGCCUGGCAGGAGGGCUAUCCUCCACCCCCUCUGAAUACUUCCCCAAUGAAUCCUCCUAAUCAGGGACAGAGAGCUAUUAGUUCUGUUCCUGUUGGCAGACAACCAAUCAUCAUGCAGAGUUCUAACAAAUUUAACUUCCCACCAGGGAGACCUGGAAUUCAGAAUGGUAGCGGUCAGACUGAUUUUAUGAUACAUCAGAAUGUUCCUCCUGGUGCUGUGAAUCGGCAGCCACCUCCUCCAUAUCCUCUGACCCCAACUAAUGGACAAAGUCCUUCUUUACAAACAGGAGGAUCUGGUGCUCCUUCAUCAUAUACAAAUGGAAAUAUUCCUCAAUCUAUGAUGGUGCCAAACAGAAACAGUCAUAACAUGGAACUUUAUAACAUUAAUGUACCUGGACUUCAAACAACUUGGCCUCAGUCAUCUUCUGCUCCAGCCCAGUCAUCCCCGAGCAGUGGACAUGAAAUUCCUACAUGGCAGCCUAACAUACCAGUGAGGUCAAAUUCUUUUAAUAACCCAUUAGGAAACAGAACAAGUCAUUCUACUAAUUCUCAGCCUUCAGCUACAACAGUCACUGCUAUUACACCAGCUCCUAUUCAACAGCCUGUGAAAAGCAUACGUGUAUUAAAACCAGAGCUACAGACUGCUUUAGCUCCUACCCACCCUUCUUGGAUGCCACAGCCAAUUCAAACUGUUCAACCUAGUCCUUUUUCUGAGGGUGCCACUUCUAAUUUGACUGUUAUGCCACCUGUUGCUGAAGCUCCAAACUAUCAAGGUCCACCGCCACCUUAUCCAAAACAUCUGCUACACCAGAAUCCAUCUGUUCCUCCAUAUGAGUCAAUAAAUAAAUCGAGCAAAGAGGAUCAGCCAAGCUUGCCCAAGGAAGAUGAGGGUGAAAAAAGUUACGAAAACGUUGAAAAUGGGGAUAAAGAAAAGAAACAGAUUACAACUUCACCUAUCACCGUUAGGAAAAACAAAAAAGAUGAAGAGCGAAGAGAGUCUCGUAUUCAAAGUUACUCUCCUCAGGCAUUUAAAUUCUUUAUGGAGCAACAUGUAGAAAAUGUACUGAAGUCUCAUCAGCAACGUCUGCAUCGUAAAAAGCAAUUAGAGAAUGAAAUGAUGCGGGUUGGAUUAUCUCAAGAUGCCCAGGAUCAAAUGAGAAAAAUGCUUUGCCAAAAAGAGUCUAAUUACAUCCGUCUUAAGAGGGCUAAAAUGGACAAGUCUAUGUUUGUGAAGAUAAAGACACUAGGAAUAGGAGCAUUUGGUGAAGUCUGUUUGGCAAGAAAAGUAGAUACUAAGGCUUUAUAUGCAACAAAAACUCUUCGAAAGAAAGAUGUUCUGCUUCGAAAUCAAGUUGCUCAUGUGAAAGCUGAAAGAGAUAUCCUGGCUGAAGCUGACAACGAAUGGGUAGUUCGUCUGUAUUAUUCAUUCCAAGAUAAAGACAAUUUAUACUUUGUAAUGGACUAUAUUCCUGGAGGUGAUAUGAUGAGCCUAUUAAUUAGAAUGGGAAUCUUUCCAGAAAAUUUGGCACGAUUCUACAUAGCAGAACUUACCUGUGCAGUCGAAAGUGUCCAUAAAAUGGGUUUUAUUCAUAGAGAUAUUAAACCUGAUAACAUUUUGAUUGAUCGUGAUGGUCAUAUUAAACUGACUGACUUUGGCCUCUGCACUGGCUUCAGAUGGACACAUGAUUCUAAGUACUAUCAGAGUGGUGACCAUGCACGGCAAGAUAGCAUGGAUUUCAGUAAUGAAUGGGGUGACCCCUCUAACUGUCGAUGUGGAGAUAGACUGAAGCCACUAGAGCGGAGAGCUGCACGCCAGCACCAGCGAUGUCUAGCACAUUCUUUGGUUGGGACUCCCAAUUAUAUUGCCCCUGAAGUACUAUUACGAACAGGCUACACACAAUUAUGUGAUUGGUGGAGUGUUGGUGUAAUUCUUUUUGAAAUGUUGGUGGGACAACCUCCUUUCUUGGCACAAACACCGUUGGAAACGCAAAUGAAGGUUAUCAACUGGCAAACAUCUCUUCACAUUCCACCACAAGCUAAACUGAGUCCUGAAGCCUCUGAUCUUAUUAUCAAACUUUGCCGAGGACCAGAAGAUCGCUUAGGCAAAAAUGGUGCUGAUGAAAUAAAAGCUCAUCCAUUUUUUAAAACAAUUGAUUUCUCCAGUGACCUUAGACAGCAAUCUGCUUCAUACAUUCCUAAAAUCACACACCCAACAGAUACAUCAAAUUUUGAUCCUGUUGAUCCUGAUAAGUUAUGGAGUGAUGAUAAUGAAGAAGAAAAUAUAAAUGACACUCUCAAUGGAUGGUAUAAAAAUGGAAAGCAUCCUGAACAUGCUUUCUAUGAAUUCACUUUUCGGAGGUUUUUUGAUGACAACGGCUACCCUUAUAAUUAUCCAAAGCCUAUUGAAUAUGAAUAUAUUAACUCACAAGGCUCAGAGCAACAGUCAGAUGAAGACGAUCAGCACUCAGGCUCAGAGAUCAAAAAUAUUGAUUUAGUUUAUGUUUAAUACACUAGGAGUAAUUGUGAUGAGGAUUUGAAAAAAGGCCUGAAACCCAGGGUUUUUUGAGGCUCUGAGUGUAAAGUUAUGCAAAUGUAACAGAGCUAUCUAUGUGUGCUCUGUGUACAAUAUUUUAUGUUCCUAAAUUAUGGGAAGUCCUUUUAAAAUGUUAAUUUAUUCCAGCUUUUUUAAUCAGUAAUUUAGAAAAAAAUUGUUAUAAAGAGAGUAAAUUAUGAACUGAGUAUUAUAGUCAGUUCUUGGUACUUAAAGUACUUUAAAAUAGUGCUUUGUUUAAAAGGAGAAGCCUGGUAUCUAUUUGUACAUAUGCUAAAUAAUUUUAAAAGACUAAAGAGUUUUUGAAAUUUUCCUGAAAGACAGUUUUAGUUUUACCUUGCUUUAACCAAAUAUGAAACAUACCCCAUAUUUACAGAGCUCUUCCUCCUGCCCCCAAACCUUGUUUUUGGUACAGAGUCACCUAUAAAAAUUAAACCAUUAUGGUGGUAAAGCAUUCCUUGGCUAAUGAUAAUCUUUGUAAUUCACACCUUUAAACCAAGAAAUCCAGGGUUAAAACUUAUGUUCAUCAGAAGGAAAAAUAAUGUUGUAGAAUAUUUAAUCUUCUAGCAUGUAUUUCUCCAGAAUUACUGACUUCAAAAGAAGCACAGCACUCACAGUUUUCUUUUGUUUCCUAAGGGCAUAUCUGACGUAAGGGCAGAUUAAUUGGUGAAAAACUAUUUAACUAUUAAUUAAGGUGGCCAUUUGUAAUUAGGAAAAAUUACUUUGUGGUCUUAGAAAAUUGAAAUCCUUCUAAAUAAUUUAAGGUUAAAUAAUGUUUUCCAGCAUGCCCAUUGAUUAUUUUUAAUGCUGCUUCCAGUUUUAAAAGGGAAGACUCUCCCCUAAAUAAAAAUUUGAUACUAAAAGCUAAGAUCUUUAAUAUUUCUACUUGGAAGUUAAAAACAUAAAAACAAAAAUCUUCCACCAUCCUAAGCAGAGAUAUUAUUUUAGUUUCAUAUGAAACUUAGAAUUAUUUGUAGGUAGUCACUAGAAAAGUGUUUUACCUAUAUAGUGACAGUUUUGUCAGUAAUGUUAUAGUUCCCUCUCUGAACAGUGCUGCAUGUAUGGAAAAUCUAAUGCUUAGGUUUCAAGGGAUACUCAUGAUUUCCUAAGAUACAUUUAGCUUAUUUUUUAGGAAGUGGGGGGACAGGGCUCCGACAUCAGUAAAAUUUGUAUUUUAUUUCCUUAAGCUCCACUAUAGGGAAUUAUUUCAUCAAAACAUUUUUUUGUGAAUAAGAGGAUAAUUUUAGCGAUUUUCAGACUUUUAGCUUUCUUGAUUAAAAGUUAACAAAGACCAUGGAUGUGAGUAAAAUUAAAGACAAAACAAUUUUUUUCAAUUGAAAUGGGGGGAGGGAAAGGUUUAUAUUAGCCCACACUCCCCACUUUCUUGUAAGAGGCCCUCUCAGCUUAGCUUAUAAACAACACUUUGUAGCCCCAUAGUGUAAGGUGGGUCUUUCGGUCAUUAAUCCUUUUAGAAUCUGAUGAAAAAUGACAACUCUUCCAAGAAAAAUACUAUCAACAGAUACACGUCAAAUAAUGCAUGCAGUUCUAGGGAUCAUGGAUGCGUUGAAACCUGUCACAAGCUAAGAACUUUGCUCUAAAUUUAUUGAUCAAUACUCAGAUCAACACAUCUUGUAUAAACACUGAUGAUUUGUGAUGGAAAGGUUCUGUAUAAGAUAUCCCUGUGAAUGCCUUUCUUUUGUUCAUGUCUGUUAAAAUCACUAAGUUCUUUGCUGCAAGCAUUUUCACCAUAGCAUUUUCACUAAUUUUGCUAUAAAAAGUAACUGAUUGAUUGACAGUUUGGGUUCAGGUUUGGUCUAUACAGAGAGAGUAGAUAUGCUGAUAUUAAAAGUACUAGAUGAUAUCUACUACAUAUAGUGACUUGAUAGAAAAUACGGCAAUAAAACUUACUGAAAAUAUGACAUACAGUGUAAAGUUAGGUUGCAUUCUCAUAGAUACAUGUAUAUACGUGUGUAUAUGGGAGUAUGCAUAUUUAUAACCAUGCUGUGUAUUGUUAUGAAAGCCUAGGCUGGCUGUUCUUGGCAUAACAUCCCAUGUCAUUUGAUAGACAUUCCAAAGUAGAUGUGAAAUGUGGGUUCAACUCUGGACCUUCAAAGCUCUUCUAAGCCUCUCUCCUCCAAUGUAGUGUUUUUCAAACUAAGAAACCAGUUCUCUUGGGGUAAAUGAUAGUCAUCUAUCAGUUCAGUAAAGCUAUCAAUACCACUAACUGGAAAAAAAACACCAUUAUUAAGCAUUUAAUCUUUGUUAAAUUCAUCUGUUAAUAAAUUUGUUGAAGAUAUUGUAUCUAAGUUCGCUCAAGUUAACUUAGGUAAGUUAGCUAAAGAACUGAUAAUGCUCUUUAAGAUUGUAAGUUACUACCCAUCUCUUUUCUAUUUGCCAUACUUUGGCAAACUUGGUUUUGAUGGGUAGGAGCAAUGACUGCUCACCAAAUGACUAGCAAAGUGGUAUGUUAUUUUCCCGGUAAAUUUUAUUGUAUUUUCUGAUCUAGUCGAUAAAUCCUGUUAUCUAUCAUUUUUAGAUCAUCAUGUCUACUCAUCACUUACAGGUUAUUAUGAAGGCUAAGAUUUAUAUGCUGUAAAAAUGGGAGUAUUUUGCCAGCUGAAACCAUUUUAUCUGUCUUCAUAGCACAGUUGCCUUAUGACCAAUUAGGUCUGUGGAGAAAAUGCUGUGGUAAAGAACUUACAGCAAAUCUACCUAUAACCCUUGCUGGUACAGUACUAAGAUCAUUUAAAUAAAGCCUUUGGAGAGCACAGAAAUACAAGUUUGGCUUUCACAGGCUUGAUAGAGAAAUAUUCUAAACUUCUAAUCGGGGAAUUUUAAGAAAAUGCACUGUAAUGAGAUGGCAGUCGUAUGGAACAUCUGAUUAAUCCUCUAAAAUCCUAUGCAGAACAAAUUCAAGAAUUUUUAUUUCAAAACACAUUUUUAAACUUUCUUGCUCUUCAAACUUUCUCAGAGUUGUUUCCAUUUAGUUGUUUUACUUCUGGAUAUGGUGCAAUGCAGUAUACAGAACCAACUUGUUACACUUAACGUCUUAGGAAAACUAAGGUGCUUUCUCUGUUGCCCUAACUCCUCCAAUACAACAAACACUACAAAUUUUGUUUUCUUUCAAAAUUUCCUCUUGACAGUGUAAGCUUUUUGUGUGUUUUUCUGAUGCUGUGUACAGCCUUUAAUAACUGCAGCUUUAAUAGUUUGGAUAUGCUUUUUCAUUUUCUUAUUCCCAGACUAUAUUCAGUUCUUCCAUUAUAGAAUCUGGUUUGUUCUGACCCCAAAAGAUGAAGACAACAUAAAAAAUCUGUAUGUUCUCAACUGAAAUGGAGUGAAAACAUUGGUUAUACAUGUUUUCUUUUAAAAAUAAUUUUCCCACUCAUUAAAAAACUUGCUGUCUUUCUUAUACCCCUUUUAUGCAUAUUAAUAGUAUUUAUAAAAUGUGUUCUAUAAUUAUGUAACUGUAGAUACUGUUAUGUAUUGUCCAGUGACAUCCUAAGGCAGGCCCUAUUGCUGUAUCUUUUCUACCUUAUUUGUAAUAGAAACUAUAGAAUGUAUGACUAAGAAGUCACUUUGAGAUUGACUUUUUAAAAAAGUUAUCUUCUGCUGUUGUAAAGUGCAAAACUGUGAGUGGAAAUAUUUUAUUCUGACUAAAUAAUAUGUUAGAAAUUAGAGACUACAGUGGGAGGAUUUUUAGAUAUUGCUGCUGCUGUUACCUAAGGUACUUUAGAAAUUUCUCUUUAAUAAACAAAGAUAAAGAAAAAUCCCUUUGCUAUUUAAAGUGAAACAUUUAACCUGUUUGUUUUAAUCUAAAGCAAAAAGUAAUUUGGGUCCACAUAUUGGUGUAUUUGUAAAGCGCCUUAAUAUUUCCCUUUGUGGAAGGCACUAUACCACAGUUUACUUUUAUAUUGUAUUAUGUAUAUAAGUAUUUUGUAUUAAAGUUGAAUCAUUGACAACACUACCGUUUUAUAAAAUAAUGCUUUGUUAGGAAAAGGAAUUACAGCUUUGCAAUAUAACUAAAUUGUUUUGCAUAUUUGAAUGUAAUAGAUAAAAAUAAUCACCCUGUGUUUUUAAUGAAUCUAUUUGUAUUUUCCCAAUCAUUUUCUCUAGUGUAACAUUUGCUGGGAUAAUUAAAAAAAAUUCAACUUUCAAUUAUGUGUGGAAAGCUGACUUUUAAGUCACUUAAAUAUGUUGAUAUUUUUCUUUCAAAAUUUUAUUUCACCCUUUUUAUUUUCAGAGAAAAUUUAUGCUUAAAAAGUGGAUAUCUUGAAUUAAAAUACGUACCUUCUUAGGGUAAGAUAAACUGAAUAGAUUAUAUUAGUGUAACCACAAAAUUUCAUUUUGUCCAAUGUAAGUAUAACAAAUAGUUCAUGUUAAAGUCUUCAUUUAGAUCAGCAGAGAUUUAAAGCUUUUUAAUGAUUAAAUGUCACAUUUGGUAUUAUUU